UCCGCCUCCUACGGAAGCCGAAGCGCACAGUCAGAAUCCGGAAGAAAAACAACCUGGAGGGAACAGUGCCACUGAUACCGGCGACCUAGGGCUGCUCCGGCCGGCACUGGCUGGAGCGCGGAGACACGAGCCUACGGGGUCACCGCUUGGGAAUGAUGUCGGCUGCGUGUCCACGGAGGCCGAACGCUCCGAAAGGCUGUGUACUCAGUAUACAUGUUCUGACAUGGAAUGUGGCCUCAGCAGCCCCCACUGUGGACCUCAGUGACCUACUUCAGCUGAACAACCAAGACCUGAAUCUGGACAUGUAUAUCAUUGGUUUGCAGGAAAUGAAUUCUGGACUCAUAAGCCUUCUUUCUGACGCUGCUUUUGAAGACCCAUGGAGCAGUUUCUUCAUGGAUGUGCUUUCCCCCCUGAACUUUGUCAAGAUCUCCCAAGUCCGCAUGCAGGGGCUUCUCUUACUGGUCUUUGCCAAGUAUCAGCAUUUGCCCUACAUCCAGAUCAUCUCUACAAGAUCCACCCCUACUGGCCUCUACGGGUACUGGGGGAACAAAGGGGGAGUCAACAUCUGCCUGAAGCUAUAUGGCUACUAUGUCAGCAUCGUCAACUGCCACCUGCCUCCCCAUAUGUCCAAUAAUGAUCAGCGGCUGGAGCACUUCGACCGAAUCUUGGAGAGUCAGACUUUUGAGGGAAAUAAUAUCCCCAACAUCCUGGACCAUGACCUCAUUCUGUGGUUUGGAGACAUGAACUUUCGCAUUGAGGACUUUGGGUUGCUCUUUGUUCAGGAGUGUAUAGCAAAGCAGUACUACCAUGAGCUGUGGAAGAAAGACCAGCUCUACAUUGCCAAGAGACAUGACCCGCUGCUUCGGGAGUUCCAGGAAGGUGCCCUGCUCUUCCCACCCACCUACAAGUUUGACAGGCACUCCAACAACUAUGACACAAGUGAGAAAAAACGCAAGCCUGCAUGGACUGACCGCAUCCUGUGGAGGCUGAAGCGGCAGCCCCAGGCCAGCCCCUUGGCCUCCAGCCUGCCAACCUCCUACUUCUCGCUGAUGCUAAAGAGCUACGUCAGCCACAUGUCAUACAGCAUCAGUGACCAUAAGCCUGUCACUGGGACCUUCGAACUGGAGCUGAACCCAGUGAUGUCUGUCCCACUGGUCACCAUGAUGCCUGAAUACCUGUGGACCAUGGAGAACGACAUGUUGAUUAGCUACACCUCCACCCCAGAAUUCCUCAGCAGCCCCUGGGACUGGAUUGGACUGUACAAGGUAGGGAUGCGCCACAUUAACGACUAUGUGUCCUAUGUCUGGGUUGGCGACAACCAAAUCUCCUUUAGCAACAACCCAAACCAGGUAUACAUCAACAUCAGUGAUGUCCCUGAAACUGAGGAUCAGUUUCUUCUCUGUUAUUAUAGCAACAAUCUGCACUCUGUAGUAGGGAUAAGUCAGCCUUUCAAGAUCCCGCUUCGCUACUUUUUGAGGGAUGACGCACUGUAUGAGCUUGGGCCACAGAUCUGAGUCCAGAUGGGAGUGAAUGAAUCCGGGGCGGAGGCUAGAGCUGGAAGCCAGCUCUGCCUCAGCACUGCCAGGAGCGCUGGGUCUGGCCCAGCCCCUGAGGAGGCAGCUGAGUAUCCUCUAGCUCCCCACCUCCCGGGGGAGCUCAGCCAGACUCCUGUGCUCUCCCCAGGCCAUUUAAUACAGGUUCUUGUUACUGA